AUGCAAGCUCUAAAGAACCAUCGUCUUGCUCUUACUCGUACGCGUGGCAGAUAUGGCAAGAGUAAGCCUUUAAGCCAUGCACGACCUCCUGUUCUUGCCUGUCUCUGUCUCUGUCACGCUGAGUCUGUUCGGACGACACAGGGGCAUUCGGGUCCACUUUUCCCAACCGUCACCGAGUGGUCACUGAGGUUCCUUCCUUCUUGCGUUGCAGCCAAGCUACGGCCCAUGGAUGACGACGGAAGAGAGCCCGACAACUUGUCUGACAGACACGCUAAGACUGAAAAGACGUUGGAUCCUGUUGAGAGCCUGCGACUCAACCUACCUUGUUACUUGCCUACCGUCUACGGUCUACGGAGUCACGGGAGUAGGUCCUCAAAGUUCGGACUUCUACCACCCACGCAACUGUCCAUCACCAAUACCACGCCUCGCCGCGCCCCAUUUGCCAGCCAUGCCAUCCCUCUCCGCGUUCCCGCCGACCGUCUCGACCUCCCCGUCGGCACCGCCUGCCUUCAUCUGAAGCUUCUUGGCGCGCUCCAAACGUCAGACGGCCCCUCCUUUGGCGCCAAGUCCCAGCGUCUACCGGAACCGCACCACUCGACGGUCCGUCCUUGGUGUCCGGCGCGCAACUUGCUCAACUCGACAUUGGCGCUGGUCUUCGCUUUCGCUAUUUGUUUGGGACCCCAUCUCUGCCGACGACGUGCCAAGUCGCCCAGCGUUUUCGUCUCCAUCAUCAUCAAGAGAACUCAAUCUGAAUGCGACGUCGCCCAUGAGGUCCAACGACAGUCUUCAGCAGAGUCGGCUUGGCGAAUCCCGAAUGCCGUCUUGGUGGCCAAGGACGUCGUCAUCUCCAUCAUCACCAAGGGUUUCCAGCCAGUUUUUCUGCGACGCAUAAACCACGCAGCUGGUGUCUGGUCAUCGGCGAGCGUGAGCCAAGACGACUUCUCCUCAUAUUUCGUCAGCACCGCCCGUAACAUUCGGCUUGUCAAGUUGUCACUGUCAGUCGGUUCAUCCAACAUCCGCAAGAUCUGCAGUGUCUACGCUGUCGCUGUCACUUGA